GGAAGGCUAGAUUCCGUUGCAGCCCGGAUUUGGCCUCGGCGAUGGCGAUGGCGACGGAGUUGUUCAGAAAUCACUGGCGAGAGCAGGGAAGGGAAGGGAAGUAGAGAGCGGUGGCUGCCGACUCCAGAGUUUCAUGAGCCCAGCCCGUAUCCAUCUCAACGCUUGUGCGUGAGUGAGUAGCCACGCCCCACGCGGAGGCGCCACUGGCAUUCAAGGUCGGGAGCGUUAUAGCAGCUCCCCGCGCCCAUUUGCAGCCUGACAACCAUUCAUCAAGUCAAGUCGCGACUUGGUUGCUUUUUCUCGCGGUUCCGUGUUAUCUAUCCCUCAACCCGGACACCAAGCCCCUCACGAUUCACGUUCCCUACUCAUGAGCAAUCAUCCUUCCUUUCCCCAUCGUCGCUCUGGUCGCUAAUCAUGCCUUGCAGAGUCCCCCCCCCCUCCCCCCUCUAUCCCCCGAGAUUUGCUUCCGCAACGCUCGCUGGAACGAACUGCACACACACACAAUUUUCGCGACUCUAACGCAUCCCGUUUUUGAUUUCGCUGGAAUUUUUUGUUCAUGCUUUCUUAAAGUGUUAUUAUAUUUAUUCCUUGAUUUCCUCGUUUAAAAUUUUCUUAUUUAAUUAGACAGAUAAGUAAAGGGUGGGUUUGGGAACUGUCAUGACCAGUCUCUGAAGUUUUCGCAGAUGGGUUCACCAGAUAAAUCUUCUCUGGUCAACUGCAACCAAUCGCAAAGAUCGAUCUCGUUAAAGUCCUGUACAAAUGCUGGAACUUGAAUGAUACCCUCUUGUGCUUGACAGCACUAAAGAGAAGGAAAUGUUUGCAUUUACUCACUCAGCAUUGUCUGUGUUUGUGCCAAUGCAAUGCCACGUGGUUCAUUUUUUUUAUUUAUUUUUAUUUUUUCUUUUCCCAGAUUCGGUAGUAUUGAUUUCAAUGUGCAGGAGAUGUGAAUAUGCUUCAUUGUGUAAUGACAACUGGGCUGAUAAUCACCGUAGCCAGCUUUGUUGUGCCUCUCUCAUGUCGUGACACACUCAUUGUCUCAUAGCGCCAUUACCGAGGUUGCUGGAGUCGCGCAAGGACUGUAAUGGUCGUCACCUCCUUCAUUGCCCUGAGUACGGAUUACGUGGUAGUGGUCGCUUGCGUGUGGUUGGCAUUUUCCAUCUUGCGCAAAGAAAUUGGAUUCCGAGAGCUCGAAGUCUUUCCAUGACUGUGCUUUUGGAUAUUGUGUGUGCACCAUCGUCAUCUCUCUCACAGUUACGUCUGAGCGUGGGAGUUUUUAUGCCCAGUUGAGCUGGGUAUUCCGUCCACGUUGGGUCGCAGAGGAAGCGUAUGUACAGUAACAAUUGGGGUAGUAGAUGGUUCCCCCUGGCCCUGUAAUGUCCGAGCUCCCAGACGUGUGAGACAUGCGUUGAGCAGAAGUGGCAGAGAUAGCACGACUAGCACAUGCCUCUCAUUAUCUGCGACAUUGCCCAGUCCUGCGAUUUGUAUCAGUUCAAGAAGCAACGACUCCACCGACUCUUUUGCCUUUUCUGUCCUGAGCCAUGGUUCUUCGGACCCCGACCUGGCUUGAAUAGGUCACUGAAGGGAAGUCUUUUUACAUCUCGGUGCACACACGUCGGGGAGGCACUGAUUCGUUUUUUCCAAGCCUCAUUUGCGAAGACGGCGGCGCUCGCAGCCUGCCUAGGUUCAUUGGAGGCCAUUUCUUGUCAGCUAAUGACAAUGUGAUACUAAGAGAGAGAGAGUUGGAUGGCGGUCGUUCAGGGUUGACCGCACGGCUUCUGCUUGGGGGAAGCCUUACGACAUUCUUACAACAGUGUCUGCAACAGAGCAGGCGCUGAACAUGUAGCUCAACAGAUGUGACGCGCUCAGCAUGUGGUUCUGGUGUGGAGGGCGGGCCCUGGUAUCUGCUACAUCGGUGUCCUGUGUGCAGUACUUGUUUUGAACUGGCGCCAAACUGGUGGAACUUCGCAGGUUCUGUAUUGUGUCGUUGGUGGAUGAUGUAACAGAGGAUCUCAAUUACUCGUCGCUGCUUACCCAAAUUAAGAUUCCACAUGUCAGAAAGAGUGAUUCCUGCGGGCCAUCUUCAACCACUUUCCAGCCUUUGAGGCUCCAGUUUUCAACGGGAGUGCAGCGUGGGCAUUGCUGCAGCGGAGGAGGUGGUGGAGAAAUGGGGAAGAAGGGAUUAACAUGGUUCAGCGCUGUCAAGAAAGCAUUUCGGUCGCCUUCGAAGGAUAGAGACAAGGACAAGGAUGCUAUCAAAAGUGUGACCAAACUUGUGGACCCAGCUGGAGGCUUCCUCCCAGUGGAAGCGCCUGCGCUUAAAUCGAAGGGUAGGAAGAGAUGGAGUUUUGGCAAGUCAUCGCAUCAGCCAUCUUCCACUGGAACACAGGAUCGCGCAGCAGAGAAGAAGGCUGAAGACUACAGGCUCGUUUCCUACAGGACGCCGGAUUUGUCUCGAGCAACCAGCCGCAGUGCCACUCCCCUGCAUCACAUAGUCUCACACAUUUACUCCCGUGAAGACCUAGCAGCCACAAGAAUACAAGCAGCAUUUCGGGCAUAUCUAGCACGUCGAGCAUUGAGAGCUCUGAAAGGAUUAGUGCGAUUGCAAGCUUUAGUUCGAGGACAUACAGUGCGUCGGCAAGCAACGAUCACACUGCGUUGCAUGCAAGCGCUGGUGAGGGUGCAAGCCCGUGUUCGUGCACGGCGAGUUCGAAUGUCAGAGGAAGGUCAAGCUGUGCAGAGACAAUUACGUGAGCGGAGGCAAUUAGAGUGUCGACCUAGGAGAUCCACGGACGGAGGCUGGGAUGAUAGCACUCAAACCGCAGAGGAGAUUCAAGCUAAAUUACAGAGCAAACAGGAGGCAGCCUUGAAGAGGGAAAGAGCACUGGCAUACGGCUUCUCACAUCAGUUGUGGAGGGCGGACCCGAAUCAGACGUCACAGCUCUACAUAGAUUGCGAGCCAGAUAAGCCGCAUUGGGGAUGGAGCUGGCUGGAGCGGUGGAUGGCAGCGCGGCCCUGGGAAAAUCGCGUCUUCGACACCACGUCCGUUUCGAAGGAUGUGUUCGACAGCUACUCCGUCAAAAGUGCUGAUCAUCACGACUACAUGCCAAGAAAACACGCUGACAAUGGUCCUCGGCUCAACAAACUGCAAACCUCGCACAAAACCAAAGCACCCCCUCCAGUUCAAACAACAUCCUCCAGAACAGAAAUGUAUUCAAUGAACCAUCUUGACCCUCACAACGGCCCAGCCAUGUCGGACUCGUAUGGAAACGGGCAUAUCCACCACAGUCCGAGUACUAUGCAGAGAACCUCAAGUCAGGGAAAUUUCCAUCCUCCGAUAACCCCACCUUCGGCGUAUAUAUCGACCCCAGUGCGCGUACGUUCAGCAAGUCCUCGCACCAGCGUGAGAAGAGAAGACAUCGAAGAAGGGGGAAGCACCAUCUCCGCCACAACAGCUCGGUCUAUGGCUUCUGGCCCCCGAUACGGUAAUCGUUAUAGCAACGCUGGAUCCGUCAUGAGUCGAGACGACAAGAGCUUGGCAAGCUCUCCCUCGGUUCCGAAUUACAUGCAAGCUACGCAAUCUGCCAAAGCUAAGGUGCGCUCUCACAGCACUCCCAAGCAGCGACCCAGAACGCCGGAGAAGGACAAUGCGUGGGCAACGAAGAAACGCCUUUCAUUGCCAAUUUCAGAGAACAUGGUCCCUACCUCGGGACCCAUAAUCCUGCGGCCGUUCCGUCCCACCCCAUAUGCGCAACGCAGCCCCAGUCUUCGCAACGACCAGCGAUCUGUGUCGUCGCUCGGCAACAGCAGUCACCAAGGUGAUGCUACCCCAGCCUCCUCCGAAACAUCAGGUUUGAGGCCACUGUACCGAUAGAUCUUCAAAGAGUAGUUAGUGUAAAUAAGGCAUUGGGUCUGCAAUCCUGUAGAAUUGAGUGAACAAGCUUCAAGAUGGAGGGACACGGUGUUCAUAACGUACGGCAAGCCGCUGUACAAUCCUUUUCUUAGAAGAUGAUUGCUCCCUACACUGAAAUUUGUCGAUGUGUAGCCUGAGUUUCAUCGUCAAUUGAAGGAUCUGAACAGGUGUCAGAGCACUUAGAAGAGCCCCAACGGUAUAACGGUAUGAGAUCUGACAUUUUUUUAGUGUGUGGUUCCUCCGAAAUUGAACACAUGAAUAAAACGAAAACCGUACGCGAUCAGUCUUCGGCCUU